CGGGAUAUAUAUGUUUGUUGUGUCUUCAUCCAAAUAUACCUGAAGAAUCACAGUGUGAAUAAGCUAUUUACCUAGGUGAUUCUGUUGGGAGACUUUUGUGUAUAAUCUAAGAGGCUUUGAUAGCUUUCAGGUUGAGAAAUAGAUUACCUCACUCUCCCUAAAGAAAAAUGUCUACUGAACUAGUGAUUGAUUAUCCAGAUAGAAUCGAACGUUUCUUUGAAGGAAAAACUGUUUUUGUAUCUGGAGGCACUGGAUUUUUGGGCAAAGUACUAAUAGAAAAACUACUGAGAGCAUGCCCAAAAAUUGAAAACAUUGUGACCUUAGUGAGAGUCAAGAAAGGAAAGAGUCCAGAACAAAGAAUAGAAGAAAUGUUAAGUGGCCCAUUGUUCGAUAGUGUCAGGCAGAAAGGGGGUCCAGAUCAAUUGAAAAAAGUCAUAGCCAUCAAAGGAGAUGUAAUCAAAACCGGAUUAGACCUGUGUAGAGAAGAUAGGACAUGGUUAUGCGAAGAAGUCAACGUAGUCUUUCACUGUGCUGCUACAGUUAGAUUCGAUGAGCCUUUGAGAAGAGCGGUCCUAUUGAAUGUCAGAGGUACUAAACAGAUGUUGGAUUUGGCCAAAGAAAUGAGAAAAUUGCAGGUAUUUCAACAUGUUUCUACUGCUUACUGUCACAUGGAAGAAGCAGAGCUUUUCGAGAAAGCUUACGACCCUCCUGCUGAUCCACACCACAUAAUCAAAAUCUGCGAAUGGUUGCGACAGGAAGAUAUUGAGUUGAUAUCACCAAGACUGCUAGGAAGAAGCCCAAAUACCUAUGCCUACACUAAGGCUCUUGCAGAAGCACUAGUGGUAGAACAAAUGCCAAAUCUUCCUUUACAGAUACUCAGACCUUCCGUUGUGGUUCCCAUUUGGAAGGAGCCUAUUCCGGGAUGGACUGAUAGCAUAAACGGACCAGCAGGUCUUUUAAUAGGAGCAGGUAAAGGAGUAAUAAGAACGAUGUAUAUGAAGGGAGACGCUUGUGCCGACUAUGUCUCAGUAGAUUUAGUCGUUAAUGCUCUAAUUUUCGUAGCUUUCCUAACGAGUCUCAACAUCGAAAAAAGAAUAUUUCACAUCACCAGCAAUAACGAAGUCAGAAUAACGUACGAUGAUCUAAUAAAUAGAGGAAAGAAGAUAGUACAAACUAAGUUACCAUUACCUGGUAGUGCUUGGUACCCAGGUGGUUCAACUAAGCGGUCGAGGUUAUACAAUAAUUUUUGCAUUUUCUUCUACCAUUUGGUUCCUGCUAUGAUUGUCGAUACCAUUUUGUACAUAAUUGGAUAUGAACCUGUGUUGAUGAGGGUGCAAAAAAGAGUGGCAAAGGGGUUCGAGGUAUUGGAGUACUACGCCAACAAUCAGUGGACUUUCAACAAUCGAGAAAGUCUCGAACUGAGAAAAUUUAUGAAUCCUUUGGAAAAGGAGAAGUAUAGACUAGAUACCGAGGGAUUCGAUUUUCAGGAGUAUCUGGAAAACUGUGUGAUCUCUAUAAGGAGGCAUAUGUUGAACGAGCCAGAUGAAACUUUACCAGCUUCAAGAAGACAUAUGAUGAUAUUAACUAAGUAUAUCGGAAAAAUGUCUACGGAUUUGCUGAGUGAUCACCCUGACAGAAUAGAAAAACUUUUCGAAGGAAAAACUGUUUUUAUAACUGGCGGAACAGGAUUUUUGGGCAAAGUUGUCAUAGAAAAAUUGCUGAGAUUAUGUCCGAAAGUGAAGCAAAUAACAACUUUGGUAAGAAUCAAGAAAGGAAAGAGUCCAGAGCAGAGGCUAAAAGAAAUUUUGGAAGGUCCAUUGUUCGAUAGUGUCAGACAAAAGUGGGGUCCUGAACAUUUGAAAAAAGUAAUAGCUAUAAAAGGAAAUCUCAUCAAAGACCGAUUGGACAUUUGCGAGAAAGAUAGGACCUGGCUAUGUGAAGAAGUCCAAAUAGUCUUCCACAUGGCUGCCACAGUUAGAUUUGAUAUGACUUUGAAAAGCGCUGCACUGAUGAACGUGAAAGGGACAAAGGAGGUGUUAGAUUUAGCCAAAGAAAUGAAAAAUUUGCAGAUCUUUCAACAUAUAUCUACCGCUUAUUGUCACCUAGAGGAGAAAGAGCUCUUUGAAAAGGCUUAUGAACCUCCUUCAAAUCCUCAUCAUAUAAUAAAAUUAUGUGAAUGGUUGGAGGAAGAAGAUAUUGAGUUAAUUACACCAAAGCUUAUAGGAAGGAGUCCAAAUACUUAUGCUUAUACUAAGGCCCUUUCAGAAGCUUUGGUUGUGGAACAAAUGAACAAUCUUCCAGUGGUUAUCGUCAGGCCAUCUGUUGUGGUGCCAAUUUGGGAAGAGCCCAUACCUGGAUGGACUGAUAAUUUCAAUGGGCCUGCUGGUCUUCUGACAGGUGCAGGAAAAGGUGUAUUAAGAACGAUGUAUAUCAAAGAGAACUCAUGUUCAGACUAUAUUCCAGUAGAUAUAGUAGCUUCUGCUAUGCUUGCUAUAACUUUAUUUGCUUCUCUCAACGCAAAUGAGAAAAUAUAUCACGUAACCAGUAAUCAAGAGGUAAAAAUUUCCUACGACGAGUUGAUAGAAAAGGGCAAAAAAAUGUUGGAAACAAAGAUACCAUUUUCAGGCGUGGCUUGGUACCCGGGUGGUUCUAUCAAGAGGUCAAAACUAUACAAUAAGUUAUGCUUCUUUCUGUAUCAAUUGAUACCAGCCAUAAUUGUCGAUACUAUCCUUUCCAUAAUUGGAUAUGAACCUGUGUUGAUGAGGGUACAGAGGCGUAUAGCGAAAGGCUGCGAUGUCUUGGAAUACUAUGCCAAUAACGAAUGGAUCUUCCAUAACCGAAAUAUCUUGGAGAAUAGGAAACUACUGAACCCUACAGAGAGAAAAAAGUAUAAAUUGGAUAAGGACGGUUUUGAACUGGAGAAGUUUUUGGUAAAUUGUAUUAUAUCUAUAAGGAGGUAUAUGUUGAACGAACCAGAUGAAACUAUUGCAGCUGCAAAAAGGCAUAUGAUGAUUCUGUGGGUUUUGGACAGAUUCACUAAAAUUUUAUGUUUCCUCGUGUUUCUCUACCUUUUGUACAAGCAUCUUUAUUUGCGAAUGUUUAUCUGAUGGUGAAUUAUAGGUGGAUAUAUUCCAAUUUACCAAAUAGACCAUAUAUAAUAAGUUAAUUUGACUGUAUACGAAUAUU